AUGGGUGAUGGAGAUGGUGAUGGCGAUGCUGAUGACGACGAUGACGACUACGACGGCGACGACGGUGACGGUGCUGCUGAUGGCUCUGAGCUUGUGGUCACACUGUGGUCACAGAUGACCGCUACGUUUCUGUUCCAAGGCUACCAAAUCAAUGUCAUUGUGGCGCGAGCAUCAGUGACUAUGUUAGUGGUGGUUGUGGUGACGAUGAUGGUGAUCAUGAUGGGUGAACGGGGGAUAGUCAGGGACUACAGAGAUGAAGACUCCCUAUCGGAAGGUUAUUUUUUACUGAAAAGGAACUGGGCAGAGAAAGCGAAAUGA